AUGAUCAACGGCGGAAAUGUGUACCGUGUGUUCUGCGCCAUCGUGCCGCUGUACGUGGGCAUCGGAUCGGGCUUCCUGUCCGUGCGCGUCUUCAAGAUCCUCUCGCCCGAUCAGUGCGCGGGAAUCAACCGUUACAUCGCCUUCAUCGCGCUCCCCUCGCUCGUCUUCCAGACCAUAGCCAAGACGGACAUGUUCAGGAUGAACUUCCAGUUUCUGGGCGCCGACUCCACAGCCAAGCUCUUCGUGCUGGCGGUGGUGCUGCUCUUCCUGACGCUGAUAUUCCACCCCUGGCAUCGUUCUCAACCCCCUUUCACCCCUUGCCCCUCACACCAGACCAUAGCGAAGACGGACAUGUUCAGGAUGAACUUCCAGUUCCUGGGCGCCGACUCCACGGCCAAGCUCUUCAUUCUGGUAGUCGUGGUGUUGUUCCUGCUGCUGCGAGUGGCGGCCAAGCAACUCGCCGUGCACAGGGCCUUCCUCUGGUCCGCAUCCCUCUUCAUGCUCGUCUCCAUGCCCAACACCCUCAUCAUCGGAGUACCACUGCUGUCAGCCAUGUUCAAGGACGAGGCUGGGGGCCUCAUGAUGGCACAACAGGUACCAUUGCUGUCAGCCAUGUAUGGGGAAGAGGCCGGGGACCUCAUGGCACAGAUAGUGGUUCUGCAGUCCGCCAUCUGGAUGCCGCUCACCAUCUUCCUCCUCUCCUGCCAGCAAGCCACCUCCCUCAGCAGCACUCGCCGCGUGCACGACGAGGCGGUCCCUUCCCAUGCUGCUUCUGACAGCACCCAUGAUGCUGGCAGUGGCAACACUGGCGGCUCCAGCACUGGCAGUGGCGGCAACCGCAGGGCAGGCACUGCUGCGGGAGCAGAAGCUGCGGGUGCUGCCGCCACUGGUGCUGGCUCGCACGGCCAGGCCAGUGCUGGUGCUGGCUCGCACGGCCAGGGACAGCAGCAGCAGCAGCAGCAGCAGCGGCGCAUGACUCGCCUGGAGAGCAUGCUGCUGCGCAGCUCCUCGUUCAAUGGCAGCUGGUUCAACAGCCGCGGCUUCAAUACAGUCACGCACGCAAGCUCCGCUAGUGACAGAUCCGUUAGUGACAGAUCCGUUAGUGACAGAUCCGCUAGUGACAGAUCCGUCAGUGACAGAUCCGUCAGUGACAGAUCUGUUAGCGGUAGAAGCACCGUGGUGAGUUUCAGUGCGACAAGGUACACUUAUGGUGUGGAUGGUACCGAAUCAGAGGAUUCGAUGGGAACACCGUUAGAGGCAGACCAAGUGGUUAGCAGGCCUACAGGCCCGAAUUGUGAGGCGGUUCAAGCGGCCAGGGGGAUAACAGAGCGUCAGACAGAUGGGAGCAAGGCUGUGGAGAAGCAGCAGGGGAUGGUGGGGCUUCAGAAGAGGGGGGGGGUCGUAGGGGUUGAGGGGGGUGAGGGCGGUGAGGAUAGGGUGUGGGUGUGCAUUGAGGUAGCGGAAUGUGAGACAGCAGAUGCAGCCCAGGUGGCUGCAGGUGCAGGGCCAGGGGCAGGGGCAGCAGCGAGUGCUUUAGAGGGCCACAGCAGCACAAGUGCGACAAUCUGCCAGUUUCGAGACGAGGGGGACACGAGAGGGGGGGUGGCAGGGGCAGGGGCAGCACUGAGUGCUUCAGAGGGCCACAGCAGCUCAAGCGAGACGAAUUUCCGGUUUCGGGACGAAGGGGAUAGGAGAGGGGGAGUGGGAGCGGUGGGAAGGGCGAGCAGCCUUGGUCGAUGCCCGUCGAUAUCUGAGAACGCUCCUUUUGAAGAGCCCUUGCAGCGAGGAGGUGAUGCAGAGGCGGAUACAAGCAUUGGGAAUGGGGUGGCUGGUUACAUAGUUACAUGUUCAGCAGCGAAGGAGGAGCACAGUGAAGGGUCUCGCGAGCAACAGCAGCAGCAGCAGCAGAAGCAGCAGCAGGAGGAGGUAGAGCUGCAAGGGCGAGUACCAGAGAUGCCAUCGCUGGUGAGGAAUCUUAACAUCUAUGCGCGCGGCUCUCAUUGGGGUUGUCUACUCGCUCGUGCGCGCGCGGCUCUCAUUGGGGUUGUCUACUCGCUCGUGCGCGCGCGGCUCUCAUUGGGGUUGUCUACUCGCUCGUGCGCGCGCGGCUCUCAUUGGGGUUGUCUACUCGCUCGUGCGCGCGCGGCUCUCAUUGGGGUUGUCUACUCGCUCGUGCGCGCGCGGCUCUCAUUGGGGUUGUCUACUCGCUCGUGCGCGCGCGGCUCUCAUUGGGGUUGUCUACUCAUUGGGGUUGUCUACUCGCUCGUGCGCGCGCGGCUCUCAUUGGGGUUGUCUACUCGCUCGUGCGCGCGCGGCUCUCAUUGGGGUUGUCUACUCGCUCGUGCGCGCGCGGCUCUCAUUGGGGUUGUCUACUCGCUCGUGCGCGCGCGGCUCUCAUUGGGGUUGUCUACUCGCUCGUGCGCGCGCGGCUCUCAUUGGGGUUGUCUACUCGCUCGUGCGCGCGCGGCUCUCAUUGGGGUUGUCUACUCGCUCGUGCGCGCGCGGCUCUCAUUGGGGUUGUCUACUCGCUCGUGCGCGCGCGGCUCUCAUUGGGGUUGUCUACUCGCUCGUGCGCGCGCGGCUCUCAUUGGGGUUGUCUACUCGCUCGUGCGCGCGCGGCUCUCAUUGGGGUUGUCUACUCGCUCGUGCGCGCGCGGCUCUCAUUGGGGUUGUCUACUCGCUCGUGCGCGCGCGGCUCUCAUUGGGGUUGUCUACUCGCUCGUGCGCGCGCGGCUCUCAUUGGGGUUGUCUACUCGCUCGUGCGCGCGCGGCUCUCAUUGGGGUUGUCUACUCGCUCGUGCGCGCGCGGCUCUCAUUGGGGUUGUCUACUCGCUCGUGCGCGCGCGGCUCUCAUUGGGGUUGUCUACUCGCUCGUGCGCGCGCGGCUCUCAUUGGGGUUGUCUACUCGCUCGUGCGCGCGCGGCUCUCAUUGGGGUUGUCUACUCGCUCGUGCGCGCGCGGCUCUCAUUGGGGUUGUCUACUCGCUCGUGUCGAACCUGUGGAUUCGGCUACCCAGAGAUGCUGCGCACGUCAGUAAAGAUCAUCGCUGAUACAGUCUGUGGAUUCGGCUACCCAGAGAUGCUGCGCACGUCAGUAAAGAUCAUUGCCGACACGGGUCUGGGCAUGUCCAUGUUCAGUCUCGGUCUCUUCAUGGCGGGCCAAAAGACCCUGCUCUCCUGCGGGGUGUGGCACACCGUGUGGUCGCUCGCGCUGCGAUUCGCCCUCACACCGCUCACCACCGCUCUCUUCGCCUUCCUCUUUGGCAUCCGCGGCAAGCUCUUCAGAAUCAUUGCCAUGCAGUCCGCAUUGCCCCCAGGGGUGGUGACCUUUGUUCUGGCCAACGAGUACAAGUCCCACACAGCCAUUCAUAGCACUGG